AUGGAACAAACUCAUGAGAAGGUUGAGAGCAACCAUGUUCUCCAGACACCGCUUUGGAUUGUCAUAAUUCGUGGCUUUCAGUUCCUCAUUUCUCUUAUCAUUGUUGGUCUUUGUGGCCGUUUGAUGCACGAUGCUACCCUCGACGAAGAAGCUCUUUCUCUCGCCAUUGCAAUCAUCGCAUGGAUCGUCAUCGCCUACGCCCUCUUCACAGAGAAAAUCCCCAGUCUUCAAAACGCAUAUCACAUCAUCGCCGUUCUAAGUCUUGAUGCAUUAAUGAUGGUUCUUUGGCUUGCCGCUUGGGCCGCCACUGCUGCGAGACGUGCCAAAUACGUCGUCCCUGUUAAUGCUUAUGGCUGUGUUGAUGAUGGAAGUCUCACGGAUAGUAAGACCUGUAACAUUUUCAAGCGUGACGGGGAGAAUGUUAUUCUCUUCAAGUCUGGUUUGGCUAUGCUCGCUGCCGUCGCGGGUCUUGGUGCGCUUGUCUGGAUCCUCUUCAUCGUCACCUUCGUCUGGACUCUCGUCAUGUUCCUCCGCGGUCGCAAGGAAGGUCGUUUCGCUGUCAACCUCGCUGCCUCAUCUUCACCCAGCAACAACUACCAAAUGGAAACCAAGGUCAACGAAGGCCAACCCAUGGUUCAGCCCGUUCAACCUCAGGGUGUCCCCCAACAGCAAUACCAGCAACAACCUGUCCACGGCCAAUUCGUUCCUCAACAGCAACAGCAGUAUCCUCCUCAGGGCACUCCCUCUCCCUACCAACCUGCCCAGAGCCCAUACCAACAACAGGGCGCUUAUCCUCCUCCCGCCGCACCCUACUCUCCUCAAGACCAGCAGUACCAAGGCCAGCAGAAUCUCGGACAGUAUCCCCCUCAGCAGUACCAACAAUCUACUCAACAUCAGGGAAGUGAGCUUGAUGGUCAGACAAACUACUCUACACCUCCUCCUGCUGCAGCGUCUCCUCCUCCUCAGCACUACGGAAGUGAGCUAGAUGGCCAGACGAAUUACGCCCAUCCUCCUGCUUCAAUGUCGCCGCCCCCUCAGCCUCAACCCUAUCCUCCUCAAGCAUAUCCCCAGCAGUAA